AUGUCAUACUGGCUGUCAGCAGUUUUUAUUCUUUGUGUUGCGUUGCUUCAAACUAGGGCACAGGCUCCUCAAGAUCCUGGACUGAUACAAAGUAUUAAACCUAAUUUUGAUGCCGUUAAGGGAUUGAUAUGCUAUCAGUGUAAAUCUGUGAGCAAUGAACUGCAACCCUUAUGUGAUAAGACUAUAUUUAAACUAGCAACACCAGAAGAGAAAUAUAACAUGUCUUUGCAGUGCCCACAUUACCAGGGGAGUUAUUGCUUUACUAAAGUUAGCAAACGUGGUAAACAAACUGAAACGACAAGAGGCUGCAGCGGACCCACUGACAAGAACGGUAAUUUGAUGAAAGUUGGCUGCAUGACCACAAAAGAUCUUGUACUGUGCUUAUGUGACAAGAAAUUUUGUAACAAAGCUACACCCACACUUUUGAGGAAAAUAAGUGUUGUUUUCGUUUUGGCUACCAUGUUCACGAUUUUAGUGUAGUAUUUACUACUAGUUCCUAGGUUCUUUUAUGUUGACCAACUUUGUAUUUGCUUUAUUAGGUAACACCACUUUUGAGUUGUAACGUUUUAAUUAACAAUACACGAAGUUUAUGAAUUUGAUUGUUGCAGACAAAUAUUGAAAAUUAUUUUGGCCUCAAAAAGAAU